CGGAGACCCGCCUGGCUGCCCCGGAGGAGGACCACUCCCGGAGCCGAGCCUCCCGUGGCCCGGAGAGCGCCCGCCGCGCCGGACCUUGGCCUGAUGGACUCCUGGUGUGGAUCAUGAGGGAAGAACACACCCCCAUACCCAAGAGGUGACCCCGGAGUGUGCCCCAGAUGACCCCACGACUCGGAACGAUGCGGCUGACCUGCAUGUUCUCAUCCAUCCUGCUGUUUGGAGCUGCAGGCCUCCUCCUCUUUAUCAGCCUACAGGACCCUACUGAGCUCGCCCCCCAGCAGGUUCCAGGAAUAAAGUUCAGCAUCAGGCCGCAGCAGCCCCAGCACGACUUCCUAGCAGGCAGUUUCCAGAAUGAAGAUUUAAAAGUGCCCACACAGAGAGUCAUCCAACACUUGCCCAGCCGUUCCCCAAGGGGCCUGUACCUGCAGGUGCCCGAGCAGCCUCACCCCUACCCGCAGGCGAAGGUGGGCUCUCCUCUGCGACUCCGGCAGCGCCGCCGGAGGCUGCUUAUCAAAAAGAUGCCGCCUGCUGCGCCAGCCAUCCGAGCCAACAGCUCGUCUGAGGCCCUGGUCCAGCCACGACCACACACUCCCGACAGCCACUGGGUCCACCUGCGGCGCAGCCAGCAGGAACGCAAACGCGUGAUGCAGGAGGCCUGCGCCAAGUACAGAGCCAGCAGCAGCCGCAGGACGGUCACACCCCGCCACGUGUCGCGCAUCUUCGUGGAGGACCGUCACCGCGUGCUGUACUGCGAGGUGCCCAAGGCUGGCUGCUCCAACUGGAAGCGGGUGCUCAUGGUGCUGGCCGGGCUGGCCACGUCCACCGCGGACAUCCAACACAACACUGUCCACUACGGCGGUGCCCUCAGGCGGCUGGACACUUUCGACCGUCAGGGCAUCGUGCACCGCCUCAGCACCUACACCAAGAUGCUGUUUGUCCGGGAGCCCUUCGAGAGGCUGGUCUCUGCUUUCCGCGACAAGUUUGAGCACCCGAACAGUUACUACCACCCAGUCUUCGGCAAGGCCAUCCUGGCCAGGUACCGGGCCAAUGCCUCCAGGGAAGCGCUGAGGACUGGCUCCGGCGUGCGCUUCCCCGAGUUCGUCCAGUACCUGCUGGACGUGCACCGGCCAGUGGGCAUGGACAUCCACUGGGACCACGUCAGCCGGCUGUGCAGUCCCUGCCUCAUCGACUAUGACUUUGUGGGCAAGUUUGAGAGCAUGGAGGACGAUGCCAACUUCUUCCUGAGACUUAUCCACGCGCCUGGGAACCUGACCUUCCCCAGGUUCAAGGACAGGCACUCGCAGGAGGCCCGGACCACGACCAGGAUCACCCAGCAGUACUUCACGCAGCUCUCGGCCCUGCAGCGGCAGCGUGCCUACGACUUCUACUACAUGGACUACCUGAUGUUCAACUACUCCAAGCCCUUCGCGGACCUGUACUGAGGGGGCUGGGCAGGGACAGGCAAGCCGGGCAGGGCUUAGAAGCCCAGGCCUCUGGGGACGUGAGGUGCCAUGGCUAAGGGACGCUGCGGCUCCUAGGUGAGGGACCUUAGGUGAAGACCCGACCACGUCCCAUGCCCGUGUCCUCACUCUCGGCUGAGGGAGAUGCAGAGGGCUUGGGUGAGAUGCCCGAAGAACUCAGCUCAGAGUUUUGCUGAGCAGGGAAGUCUGAGGCCCAGGGGAUGAGGUCCCCAGUGGUAAGGGAUGCCCUGUAGCCCCUCAGCCUUUGCCUUGUACCAACCCACGUGGCUUUCAGCUUUUCUAUGACCCAUGGGGGGGUGCUCCCAAUAAAGCACAUGGUCUUCAGGGCAGGAGUGUCCACUCUGUGCGGUGCUCUCAUGUGACCUUGCCUUGUCUUUUCUGA